ACGAGGUGUGGAAUUUGACAGACAAUUGUCAACAGCAACAUAACCUCCCAGAAAUUCUAGAGUUUUUGCGGUUUAAAUACACGUAAUUAUUUUAAAGGAAAUGGCAAAUCUUGAUCGUUGUUUUGUGAGUGGUUGGUCAGAUGACGAAGACGGUAUUGAACCUGAACGAAAUCCCUCUGAAGAGAACCCUAAACGCAUUUUAGCCGCAGCCGAAAACGGAAAACUAGAUGAAGUCAAAGCCUUACUAAAACUCGACCCCACUUUAGUUAGUUCAACUGAUAAAGAAGGCUACACUCCUCUUCACAGAGCUUGUUAUGGCAAUCACGUUGAAGUCGUGAAAUAUUUACUUCAAAACGGUGCAGAUAUCGCUGCUAAAACAGAAGUGCAAUGGCAACCUUUGCACUCUUGUUGUCACUGGAAUAACAUUGAGUGUGCACAGAUUUUACUUGCUGAAGGGGCUGAUGUAAAUGCUCUAUCUGAAGGGGGACAAACUCCUCUGCAUAUUGCUGCAUCUCAUGGCGUGUGUUAUGACUUGGUUCAGUUGCUGCUGAUGCAUCCUUAUAUUAAGCCACAUUUAAAAAAUAACAGCAGUGAAACUGCAUUUGAUAUUGCAAGGAGGAGUUCAAAGUAUAGGAAUGUUUUUGAUAUGGUUGACCCACUAAUAGACCUAAAACAUAUAGAAACCUAAUAUUUUUUAUUUAGUUUAUGUUAAUGAACCUACUACUUGUUAUUAUGUUGUAUAUAAUGUUAUAGUGACACAUACAGGGACAUUUUUUUUUACUUUCAACAUAGCUCUAUGUUCAGUUUAAAAAAGCACAGACCAAUGCAUUGAUGUCAUGCGGGUCUACAAUUUAAGAGCAACGAAUUAAAAAAUUGCUUUAUUGAAAUAAAGAUGAUGGCAAGACAAACAGAAAAAUUACAGGCAGAUGUUAUAGCAAAAAAUUUGAACAACAGCAAUGCAUUGGUCUGUGCUUUUUUAAACUGAACAUAGAGCAUGUUUAGAGUUAAAAAAAUGUUCUUGUUAUUGUCUUUACAAAUAGAAUAAACCUGAAUGAAUUUUAUUUAUAUUUAUAUUUGCUUUAAAUUUAAAUUAAGGGCUAAAAUGUACUAAUUGUAAUAUUCAUUUCUUUCGAAAAUUUACAUUUUUUUUAGUUUCUAGAAAUCUUUCUCUAAUAUGAUUAGUAAAUUCUACUAAUCAAAUGCACCUUUAUUUAAAUUAAAUUCAUAGAAAUUGUAACAACAAUUAAACCUGGGAAUAUACAUAUGUGCAUAAGCGAAUAUUUUUUUAAUCUUUUUCGCAAUCUUCCGUAGAAUAACUCACUAAAGCUAUAAUAAUAUUUUUGAAAUUGUACAAAUAUUGUUGCAUUAAUUGUGAAAGGAAAUAAAUUGGUAUGUUCCA